ACCAUCUUCAUCGACUUUCAGCUGUUGAAUAUUUACGGUUUGUUUGUGGUUGUGAUCUAGGCCUUCCUCCGCUUUCUUUCUUUCUUUCUUUCUUCUUCAUCUUUUUUGACUUUGCUUUUGCUUUUGGUUGAUUGGUUGAUUUUUUUUUUUCUUUCGAGAGUUGUAAAAAAAGCGAUCAACACCCAAAUCCCUUAUCUUGCACUUUCCUCCCAUUGAUCGUGCAUGCACCCACCACCCCGCCUGCCCUGCUGACUACCUUGCCUUCUCCCCUCUCCUCCAUCCCCCACCCUUCGAUUGAGUCAACUCCCCCCCCUUUCUUGUUCUGUCCAGCUGUUCCCUAUCCUAAACAGCCUUUUCAUUCAAUCUCCCAUCCCCUUCAAUCAACCCCAAACGCUCGGGUGGCCCGAGCUUGCCUGAUUUAAUAUCCUACUCCAACCCUUUCCUUUCCCUCUGUCUUUCUCAACACACCACUCCCCCUUGUUGUCUGACUGAGGGUUUUUUUUUCGUUCUUGGAGUGAAUUGAGUCCGAUCUUACCGCUGUAUUUAUGUACAGGCUCUUCGUCCUAUUGACUGGUCUUUAGUCGGUUUGGCUUUUGGCUUGUCAUUCAUUAUCAUCACAGAUUCAAUACACUCCAGCUGCAGUUCAAAAUCUCCUUCACUGUAAGGUUGCAGUUCAGUCAUCCCAUUCUGACAGAUUCCUGUUUCAGUCCCCCCCAUAAAAAUUAUUAAAUCCUUGCCUUAAGCUCUCGCUCCCCACCCUUCACUUCCCUUGCCUCCCUUCAACUCUCUCUCCCCGUAUCAGUUCCACUACAAUCUCUACGCAGCUCUUCAAAAAAAAAAAAAAGAAGAAAAAGAAACACCCCUUGAGUCUUCCUUCGCUACCCUCACAGCAUCUAGGAUGGACUCGCUGCAAUGCUUGUCGGCCUCCCCCCUCAUCGAGGCCAACGCUGCAAUCCCUUCCCAUCUUCAUCCCGUUGCCUUGCGCUCAACCACUUCAGCCACUUCUCCUAGGAUUGCCGCUGCUUCAAAGCUUGUUGAAGCCCAAUUGAGGGCCUCCCAUGCUUCCUCCCCCAGCAUAUCUGCAUCCAGUGUGCCUUCUCCUGCCGAGGAAUCACAGCUACCGGACUCGUCACCCGACACCAAGCUCAAUUCCUCCUCUACCGCGGCUUCUGGCCAUUCAUCUAGACCGGGACUGCUCUUACAUGAUGUCGCUGGGCUCACGAUCGAGAACCACACUGACGAUGAAACUAACAGUCGAGCCCCAGACGCUAUAGCCGGUCUUCAACUAAACUCCAAACGCUUCCCCCUUCUCUCGUCUGUCCGAACCCCUCAGGCUGCGCGCUCUGCACCUGCAGACGAUCCCACUCAGUCCAUCCGCAUGGUCAGUUGCGCCGAAUUCGCUGAGAUACAUGACGCGUAUAUGGCCUCGGUCUCGCGAGUCGACGAGUCCGCGGUCUUCCCAUGGCUCCACUGCUGUGGGGUCCCAGGCACCCCUCAAGCUGCCUACUUCUCCGAAAGUCCUCAUGCUAGAAAUGCCCCUCGCUACAGGGGGUUGACCAUCGUCUCUGCCGACUCAGAACCUGCGCCGCGCUCCAUGGCUCGAGCCAGUCCUAUUGCCUCCGUCAACACCACCGAUUCCUCCUUUGAAUCUAAAACGCGUGACCGUGCCCGCACUCGAUCGCUUGGAGCCUCCUCAACAAAGAGUUCCACAAGUCUCGAAAGCUCUGCUACUGCCUCCACAAGUAGUAGUUAUACCGGCAUAGAUUCAGUGGCCACCACACCCACUUCACCAUCUACUAGUGUCGUCUCCUUUGAUGGUCCUGAGCCCCGUGCCUCCCUCCUGCGCUCUUCACUUUUGCCACAUGACAUCCUCGAGAGAUGUCCACAUUCUGGACAAUACAUGGGUUUCUUUGCCUCCCCUCGCCUACCCCCAACAGUCAACCUCAGACUGUUUCGUCAACAGCCCUCCCGUUAUGCUACGAUCAGCGACAUCGUAGUCUACUCUGAGGCUGGUAUGUCUGACGAUGCAAUUGCAUUGGCCCAGUUGAUCCGGAUUGCUCAAGAUCAAUGCUUUCACAGCCGAGGUGGACACGCAGCGAAUGCGAUCGAAUACAAUGUCUAUAUCGUUUCUGAACCGUUUGAGGUCUUCGAACGUGACUUUGGUCAUGUCGUAGCUGUCGAUGGCUGGGGUUAUCGUCGCAACAAAAUUGACUUUUUUGAGCGCGAGCGAGAAGAAAUGGCCGCUUUGACGAGAGCUACCGAGAUUUCGGAUAAUGUUUGGCUUGGUAAUUCUGCAGAUGUCCCCCUUCCCAAAGAAGACGCAUCAACCUCAUGUCAUCGCGCUGCGUUUGAUGAACGCCCACCAACUGUGACCUCUCAUCUUGCCAAGGCAGAUGAACACGGGAAUGCCCCUUUUGAUGUGUGCAUCGAAGCGCACGACCAAGCGGCAAUCACUUCAUCGCUCCAAUUCCAUCUCAACCAAAACUAUCUCGAUCGCAUCAAACAACGCGCUAAGAAUGACAACGAUUCUGAUCUCGCUGAGAUCAUCCACAUGGAGGUGCCCAGCACCGGACAAAGCUGCUCUGGCGCCUUGUCCCGGGACAAGCUAGUCCGCUACUUGGUUGACCUGUGCGCUUGGGUUAAAAAGAUUGCUAAACCGGCCGACACUCCGGGCCGACUUGGUAGAAAAGUUUUGAUUCACUGCCACGAUGGAUAUACAGAGACUUCGCUUUUUGCAUUAUCGUACAUCAUGUACGACCUUGGAUGCACAUUGCCUGAGGCAUACCUGCAUCUUCAAAACGACCAGAAUCGCUCAUUCUUCGUUUACCCAGCCGAUGUGCCGCUCUUGCGUCGAGUGGAAACUCGCAUAGAGCAAGAGCUGACUGAGCAGCGCAAAGCCCAGAUGCAUCGGAUGACGAUCGAUGAGCCCAGUAGAAAUUUAUUUUUGCGUGGAUGUGUGUCUUUCGGCACCUCCUCCGCCCAGCAUACCAAGUCGUCGGUUACCCCGCCACUCACAUCUUGCGCCCCAUCCACCCCACGGCCAGCUCGCUCGCAGCAUCCCUGGUUCUACGAUUCCCGCUUUGAUGGCCACUUUCCUUCCCGGAUCCUGCCAUUUGUCUAUCUUGGAAACUUGAACCAUGCGUCCAACGCGUUAAUGCUCAAAGCUCUUGGAAUCACUCAUGUGGUUUCCAUGGGCGAGUCAGCCUUGGUCCCUCCCCCGCAAAACUCCCGCUUCAUCUCGCCUUUUACCAAUGCGAGUCAGUCGAAUGUGGUGAACUCCCUCUGGCACGAAUGUGCUAGCGGCCAGAUCGAUGUGCUGGACAUGAAGGGAGUUGCGGAUGACGGGAUUGACUCGAUCAGGCCGCACAUCGAACGCGCGAUGGAGUUUAUCGAAAAGUGUCGACUCGCUGGCGGAAAAGUGCUGGUGCACUGUCGGGUGGGCGUCAGUCGCAGCGCGACGAUCGUGAUUGGAUACGUGAUGAAACAUCUCAAGAUGGACCUUGCAUCCGCUUACCUCAUGGUUCGCUCCCGACGCCUCAAUAUCCUCAUCCAGCCCAACCUUCUCUUCAUGUGGGGACUCAAACGGCUCGAAAGCGACAUGGUGGCUAAUGCCAAACCUCACAAGGAUGCCGAAGAUUCAGACUGCCAGGCCAAUCACUUCGAGCUCCGUAAACGCAGGAUGUUGAGCUGGAGCUUCCUGUCGCGAGAAAUCGCUGAUCUGAACCAUCGAUAUCUCUGCUGAGAUGACAUUGAUGCCUCUAAUUACGAUCUCACUUAUCCUCUCUUAUCGUUUGGCUAUUAUAAGGCUUAGGUGCUAGUUCUCCUUCUACGUUUUGGCCUUCCUUUUCAAAUUCCAAGAAAACUUAGUGGACAGUAAAUGAUAGUAUUUGUGUUGUACCCCCUCUCUUUUAUUUAAGUUGCCAGUUUUGUAUUAACACAAGUGAUCUUUGCUUCAUUUAACUUUCUUUGCCCUUUUUUCCUUUCCUUUCCUUGUGGUCAGCUCAAGUCCGAUGAUUUGUUUCCUUCAUCUCUCCUCCUCCUUAUAUUUUUAUGAAUUGAAUCUGUUUUUAUCAAUGGCCUGUCCGUUUGAGCCAUGUAUCAACCCGAUUCAUUGUUUCCUCAUGACUUCCUAUCUCCUGUGAUUCGGUUGUUUCUCUUUUGUCAAGCUCACAAGAUGCCUUUGUAUUAGUGAAGUAUCUGUGCUUGUUUGACUUUGUUAUUUUUUUCAUUUUCUAUUCAUGCAAAUCUGAUACGCCCCCUUGAACGUACAUACUCUUUUUUAUGAUGUGUGUUCCUUUUUCUUUACUUUGACUUGACACCUCUCUCACAAUCCCUACUCUUCUUUUUUUACACAUACACUUAAUCCUGAUCUAUUCAGUUGCUUUGUG